AUGAAGCCUAUAAUAUUCCUAGGCCUAGGCCUAGCCCUAUUGCUCAGCCUAAGCCCAGCCCAAGCCCAAUCCGAUCGCUCAUGCGGUGAAAGCACUUUCAACCUCUGGCUCGAUGUUGUUAUCGUCGUAGAUCACUCAAGUUUCAUGGAUUCUAGCAGCCUCAAUCGAAUCGCCGCAACAAUCGCCACAACUUUCGGAAAUGGCACAAGAAUUGGCUCAAAUUACGCGGACCCUAGAUCUACCCGGAUUGCCCUGGUGACUUAUAACAAGUCACCAAUUCUCAAUGCAAAUCUAGACACUUGGACUUCAUAUGACGAUCUGAUUGAGGGAGUGUUUAUGGGUUUGGGAAGUGUGAGUGAGACUCCUGAUUCUUAUCUGGAUCUUGGAUUAUCAACCGCAGAAUUCGCGUUGAGUUCAGGGCGAGCAAAUGGAACCCGCAACAAUUAUAAACAAGUUGUGAUCUUGUUUGCCGCCCAGUACGGAACAUCAGGGCAAGGGAAUCCAGUUGUAAUGGCGGAUCGAUUGAAAUCAGCGGGCGUUCAGAUAAUCACAGUGGCUAUUUAUGAUGAUGGUCCGGAUCCGGUGCUCAAAGAGAAAUUGGACCAGAUUUCAUCGCCCGGAUUUAGUUUUUCUUCAAAUUUGGAUGAUUUAGUUUUGGCACUUCAUAGCAGUUUGUUGAAAAGUGAGUUAGAAAUCAAACUAUAGUCUAGUUCUGUUUCCAGUCAAUUGUUUCUGCCCGGAUCAGUGGACACAAUACACCUCCAACGGAAUCUGUCUCCGUUCCGCGUCACUUCAAUCCACCUGGAUUUCCGCCAAAUACACGUGUCAAAACCUGGUGGCAACCGGAUAUUUGGCCACCGAAUUCUCCCAACAAAAACAUGAUUUCAUUUUCGAAACCAUGAAUAAUCCGACAAUCGAGUCUGGUUAUUAUAUUGGAUUAUCAGUGAAAAAUGGAAUUUGGAAUUGGGAACAACCGCUUAGCAUGAGCAAUGUGCCUUUAAAUACAAGUGGAUGGACAGGUUUUCCUGAUAAUGUGAUACCGAAUAUCACAGCUUCGAAUACUGUGGUGUUGAAUUAUGGAAAUGGGGAUGGUGUUGCUUGGACAGUAAUCAAUGCUUAUAAUGCGCCUAGAUAUUAUGUUUGUGAAUCGUAUACUUGUGAUACUGAUAAUUAUUGUGCUCCUAAUUAA